AUGUCAACACCACCCAACAAGCUCUCUGUCAAAGUUGAAGGUAAUCAACUCAUCUUUUAUAAUCCCAAUAACGAAGUGGAUGAUAAUGUUGGAAUCACCUUCCACAGAACAUUGAGGAUUCCCGAUGACGGAAAGAUCUACCCUUUGCCACCUUCGUUGGGCACAUUUCCAGUGAAACGAGUCGAUGAUUACAUUGAUCGAGUGCCUGAGGCUUGGAAGAAACAAGGAGGAGUGUUCAUUCCACUCUAUCAAAGAGAAGCCAUGUGGUUGGAAUUUAUGAAUUUCAACUCGGAAUACCCUCAUGCUUUGAAAAUUGCCGUCGGAAAAGUCAAUGCCUUAUCAGGAGAAACUUGGGACGAACAAAUUAAGAAACGAAAUGUUCAAGAUUAUGUCGUCACACCCUUACAACCAUGGUUAGAUGGUAUCAAUGCAGGAGAUGGAUACAUUAAACAAUUUGUGGCCAUGCCACUUGGACAAGGUUACACCGUCGAAGGUCAAGUCACAGGCGAGGAAAAAGUCGGUGGAACACAAAUUAUUGCCUAUGCACCACAUCAUGAGAAACGUGUGCAGAAAUUCCCAUCCUCAAGAACAACGACUAGUACCCUCAUUUCCACUCCUCCACCACCACAACAACCACCUUCAAAACCACCUUCCUCUUUUGGUUUCUUGGGUGGCAUGAUAAAUAAGUUAUCUGGAACAACCACCACUACUCCAGUACCACCACCUUCACUUAUUCCUCCAAAAACAAACCAACCACAAUACUCUCCACCACCACUUUCACUUUAUUCAAUGUCAACUACACCUUGUUCAUCAAUGAUCAAUAGUAGUACUGAUUAUUAUCAACCCAUGUGCUCCUCCUCAUCAUCGUCGAUGAACAUACCUGCAUCAUCUGCUCCACCACUUCCACAAUGUGAAUCCUUGUCUUCGAACACUCUCUGCUCCUUUGAUGAUGCUGAACAAGUCAAGCCAAUGCCACGUUCGUCUUGUCCUCCUUCUGUGAAACAACACUCUGAAAAGAAACGAAAGGAAAAUGUCAAAUCAGAAAAUAGCAAAGCAAAAGAAUUGGGUCUUGCAGCAGGUGGCAAAAUGAAGCAACAAAUUAUUGAAGAUCCUUAUGGUCACACCUUCUGGGAUGAGUCCACAAAAUCGAGAAUUUUCAUUCACAUUGUCAAUAGUGAAAUGUAUAAGGAAAUCACUGGUGAGGAUGUACCACCCACGCCAAUCACUGCUCAGACCUAUGCCAGUUACAAUUAUCCAUGGUUUGAUUUCUAUAAUGAAGAUGUCGGCUCCGUAGGAAAGAGUAAUAUUUUGUCUCAAGUGAAAAGUGUCAAGGAAAUUGAUCAAGAGAAAUAUGCUUGGCCUCAACAAAACGACUCCUCAGUUCCUAUUCAUAAUGUGACAACUUACAAGGCAACAUUUAAUAAGAAUGAUGUGAGAGAUGGAGAUUGGUAA